AUGAGUCUCGAAGACCAAGAUACGUUUCAUGUAGUUAUUCGUUUACCUUUCAAAAGACCACAAGGGUUUGUUGAACCUCCUGCAAUUGUAUGGACGGAGGAAAUGGAACACAAGUUAUGGCAAUACAUGAGCCAGAAAAAUACAGACUGGAACGUUAUUGCAGAGCAGCUGGGUGUGUCUACGCCAUAUGUUGUUCGUCAUGCAGCUUUCAUUUACGAAACUCAACUGCGCGGUAUUCAUCAGCAACUACGAUUAAAUACAAACAACUCGAGCAUAAACAGAAAUAACACAAUGAGCCCAACACCAACAAAACCUCGAUCAACAUCGAUUCGAUAUUCAAACACAUUACAGUAUCAGCAACAGUUACAGCAGCAACAGCAGCAAGAAUCACAGAGAAUAGAGAGUAGCGAUUCCAUACAACGAUCAAAUACAUCAUCACGACUGGCUGAUAGAUCAAAAGACAAUGUAUCUAUCAAAUCAUCUUUGAGUAGCAGCAGUGCCUUUAAAAGUACAUCGACUGCAACAUACCCUAUUACUGCAUACACAAUCAAUGAUAAUGGCCUCGAUAAUAGCAGCAGCAGCAGCAGCGAAGACAGUUUAAACUGUACGCAAACAGAAAAGAGCCACACAGAUGACGAUGGCAAUGACGAUCAAGGAGAAAAGACAGAUGACGAGGAGUUUAGCAGCCAUUUUGAACGCAUGAAAUUGCAAGUUGAAGAACCUGCGUUCCUGCCUCGACAAUCGAAAAAAAGUCCUGCCAAUGCUAGUUCCAGUGGUCUGCAUCACAGUCGUCAGGCCUUAAGCAUGUCUAUUCAAAAUCUCAAAAAGCUGCAUGUUGAUAAAUUGCAAAAUGACGAGUUAUCACUGGACUCAUCGUCCGCCACAUCAUCACAGCAUUCUACGAAAACAUCGAGCACUCAACCUCAAUCUCCUAGCCAUUCACCAGCAACAAACAACUUUCAAAUAUCAACUGCAGCAGGAUCCAGCAAUGAAAGCGCAAUGAACUCAAUUGGAUCGUCCUUCAGUGACAUAUCAGACUCCUCUGUUACUCAAUCAGCAUUAGAAGAAGCAUUCUUAUCAAAGUUUAAUCAAGGAUCGAAGAUGUCCAUGCUAAGCUUCUCUCGCAAACAAUAA